AUGCCUGGAAAGAUUAUCAGUAUCCCUUUCUUGGCCCAAAAUGAGGACAUGGAUAGAUACCUGGUAAAAUACAAUGAAAAUAGAAAAACCAAUGAAAAUAGCAAUGCUAGCAAUGCGGCCAAUAAUUCCAGAUCCCGUCAUAAUGGCUAUAAUAACUUCCACAGAUUUCACUAUGCCAAGAAUGGUCCAGGAAAUUCAAUGGUUGAUAGCUUGAGUUACUUUAAUAACAGAAAUUUCAAUGCCCCAGUCAGCAGUAGCACAAAUAAUGAGAUGGGUAACAAAAUAAGGUUGAAUGGAAAUAGUAUGAAAUACAACCAAUACAAGGUCAACGAUCCAGGUCAGCAAUCGAACUUAUUGAUGGCAACUACUCAGUUGAAGCAAGCAUACUCUCAAUUGUAUUAUAAUGUAGCCAAUAAAGGAGGAAAUGAAGCAAACGUUGCUUCUGGUAGAGCCUUUUUGCCAAAUAAUCAAGAUACGUUUUUCCAGAGCGGUAGUUUCCAGGGUAAUGCUGAAUUUUCUGACAAGGCCCCAAUAGAUUCUCUUUUUUCUUCUAGUGAUGCGAGAGUGACUGGUGGUAGUGCAAUGUUUAGUAACCCUACCUCUAGUCCAACAUUGGAUAAUGGUUUUGAGACACUUUCUAGAAGCAAUGGAUCGCUAAACACUAAUUACUCUAGAAAUGAGGCGUUGAUGCCAAACUUUCUUGAUGACUUGCUUUCUAAUUCCAAUAAAAGUCCUUACCCAUUUGGAAAAACAGAUUUGGACAUGGACAUUACAAAAGGAAUGAAAAACUUGAAUAUCGAACAUGGCAACACUAGCUUACCGCCUUUUCCGUUCACAUCGAAUCAACUACCAUUAUCAUCUUCACUAGCCUUUGACCUGGAAGACAAAAGUAUCCCAGCAUCUAAUGAAGGACAACAGUCUUCUCUUUUUGGUAUCGAAUCUUUCAAGGGACCACUAACUGAUAAUGGGUCUUUAUUGAUGUCAGGAGCAUCAUCAUUAAAUUGGGAUAAUAAUAAUAUUCCUUCCUCAUCCACAUCGUCAAAUCACUUAGGUAUUUGGAAUAAUGAUAUGAGUGUUUGGAGCUAA